AUGCCCCAGGGGACAGAUGUCUUGGGAUCUUUAACAUUUGGGAUGCUGCAAAUGCCGAAGUUAAAUGAAAUACCUCCGGGGCGGGAAGGCCGGGGGGAGACUCGGGGAGAGGGAAGGUGGCCCGGACGCACGGGUCCUGAAGCCGCGAGGCGGGAACGGGGGGCGCGGGGGCAGGCGGGCGGCGCCAGAGCUCCAUGGGACAGCUGGGGAAACUCCAGGCUACCUACACAUCCUGGCCCAGGCUGGGAACGGUGUCACCCCUCCCCGCCCUGUGCCCUCUCCUCCCAGAACUGCAGCAUGGAGAGUAAGGACGAGGUCAGCGACACUGACAGCGGCGUCAUCCUGCAGUCUGGCCCGGACAGCCCUGUGUCCCCGAUGAGGGAGCUGACCCACGCGGUGCGCAAGCAGCAGAGGGCGCUGGAGGCGCGGCUGGAGGCCUGCCUGGAGGAGCUGAGGCGGCUCUGCCUGCGCGAGGCGGAGCUGACAGGCACGCUGCCCGCGGAGUAUCCCCCCAAACCAGGGGAAAAGCCCCCCAGGGUCCGCCGCAGGAUCGGAGCGGCGUACAAGCUGGACGAGUGGGCCCUGCACAGGGAGGUGAGCGCUUCCGCGGCCGGCGCGUCCCUCAGUCCCGACGCGAGGGCGCUCGGCUCCAUGGGGGCCAGGGACACCCACUACGUGCAGCCCGACGGCCGCGGGAAGGUGUGCCGCCACGGGGGCCACGCGAGCCGCGAACUCAGGGAGGACCCUGGGUUUGGCCCAGUGGGCAGAGGAUGUGUUAAGAGCCCGGGCCGCCACCCCCAGCCCCAGCCGCGGGGCCGCAGCCUGCGCGGACAGGUUCCCCCGGCCCCUAAGGGAGGCUCCUUCUCAGCACGGGAGGAAGGGGAGCUCAGUGUCUCCAAUGACAGCUCCCUGUCAGAUGGGCUACUCCUGGAGGAAGAGGAGUCCCAAGUGCCAAAACCUCCCCCAGAGUCCCCAGCCCCGCCUUCCCGGCCUCUCCCACCCCAGAGCCUUGAGGGGCUGAAGCCAGCAGGACCAGAAGCUGGGGGCCUGGAGAGGGCCCCAAUCCAGAACAGCCCCUGGAAGGAGACCAGCCUGGACCACCCCUACGAGAAGCCCAGGAAGUCUUCAGAGCCCAGCAGCGAAUCCAGCAGCCCAGCCAGCACACCGCAGGAUGGGCCCAGUGCCUCCAGCCUCUGGCUGCUGGAACCCGCCUCCUACCACAUGGUUCCCAUCCACAGUAUUCCUGGCCAGUGGCAGGGCCGUACUAGCGCCCCAGCCACCCCCGAGAUGCAGGGGAGGAGGGGCCAGUCACAGUCUCUGAGCACACGGUUGUGCAAAGUGCGGACGCCCUCGCUGAAGGACAGCCCCGCCGGCCGCGGGCUCAGCAAGGCCGCCGUCUCCGAGGAGCUCAAGUGGUGGCACGAGCGCGCACGCCUCCGCAGCGCGCGUCCCCACUCGCUGGACCGCCAGGGGGCUUUCCGGGUGCGGAGCCUCCCCCCCGGGAGAGAGGGCUUCGGCCGAGCCCUGGGAUCCCGGACACAGGUGCCCACAGUGUGUGUGCUCCGGAGAUCACCUGAGGGAGCCCCUGUGCAAGUCUUUGUACCUGAGAACGGAGAGAUCAUUAGCCAGGUGUAACCAAGGCCCAGUGUGACUCUGUGUUCCGAAUGCCUUGGCCCCCGCUGCUGGAAAAGACUGUUUCAUAGUG